AAAGUGGAUACGAUUGAAAUCAAAUAAUGAGACUUGUGUUCGUGGCAUAGAGAAAAGAAAGAUGGUUUGUAGUACUCCAUACGUAAAGAAAAUAAUGAGAUUAAAACAGGCUGUGGCAAUAUUUGGCACUCUUAUAUUUGUUGCCGUUGUAUUUAUAGCAUAUUCCGCAAAGUAUUUAUCGGCGUAUCCCAACAGAGAAUCUCCCAUUUCCCAAGAAUUACAAGAUAACAAAUGGCUACGUUUCGAAGAUAAAAUCAAGGAGCUGGAAAACAACUUAAACGAGCAUCAAUAUGCCGUACACGAGAUUAAAAUGGCCGUCAAAAACAUCCUGCGACCGAACUCUGUUAAUAUUUCCCAGAACAAUCUCCCUUCCUUCCGUCUGUCCCGAACACAGGACAUCGUCGAUAACAUGAUUUAUGAAACCUCCUGUCCCUUUGAAAUAGACGCAGCAGGCCGGUCUGACGUGCAAAUGCUCGAUUUGUACGGGAAACUGAGCUUCGAUAACAUCGACGGAGGAGUCUGGAAACAGGGCUGGAAGAUCGAUGUCGACGAGAAAGAUUGGAAUCGACAAAACAAAUUAAAGGUAUUUGUUGUGCCUCAUUCCCAUAACGAUCCGGGCUGGAUAAAAACCUUAGAUGAAUAUUACGUGACACAAACGAAGCACAUUCUGGAUAAUAUGCUGACGAAGCUAAGCGAGGAUGCGAGGCGGAAAUUCAUUUGGGCGGAAAUAUCGUACUUUUCCAUGUGGUGGGAGGAACAAGACGAGGAAGAUCGUUUGAAAGUCAAAAAUUUACUGCGCAACAAUCAAUUGGAGAUCGUAACGGGCGGUUGGGUGAUGAACGACGAAGCCAAUUCCCAUUGGAUUUCCAUAAUGAACCAGCUAACGGACGGUCACCAGUGGCUGCGUGAAAACCUGAACUACACUCCGGUGAGCCAUUGGUCCAUCGAUCCCUUCGGAUUGAGCUUGACCCAGCCGUUUUUGCUCAGAGAAAUGGGCUUGAACAAUAUGCUGAUACAAAGGGUCCACUAUUCCGUCAAGAAGCACUUGGCCCGCGAGCAACAGCUGGAGUUUAGAUGGUCGCAAUUGUGGGAUGGUAAAGGUCAGACGGAGAUGUUUACACACAUGAUGCCUUUCUACUCUUACGAUAUUCCACACACUUGCGGUCCGGAUCCCAAAGUGUGCUGCCAGUUUGAUUUCAAGCGGUUGCCCAAUUACGGGUUGCAUUGCCCCUGGAGGAUUGCGCCCCAAGUAAUAACGGAAAGAAAUGUGGUCGAAAGAGCUGAAUUGCUCCUGGACCAGUACAGGAAAAAAUCGAAACUGUACAAAACCAAUGUGUUGCUCGUACCUCUCGGAGACGAUUUCCGGUACGAUCAUCCCUCCGAAUGGGACGUGCAGUACGAAAACUAUCAGAGAUUAUUCGAUCACAUGAAUUCGAACCUUCAUUUGAACGUACAGAUAAACUUCGGAACUUUAACCGACUAUUUCAACGAACUCCACAAAAGCAAAACUCUGUCUAGUUUCCCGACGUUAACAGGGGAUUUCUUCACUUACGCUGAUCGGGAUGAUCAUUAUUGGAGCGGCUACUACACGUCCAGGCCGUUUUACAAACGAAUGGAUAGAAUUUUGUUAUCCUAUAUUAGAGCAGCGGAAUCCAUUCACACAUUGGCGCAUUUGAGCAAGUUCCCCGGCCAUUCCUGGAUCGUUGAGAAGUCCAAUGGCAUAGUAAAAGCGAUAACAUCUGCUCGACAGUCUCUUUCGCUGUUUCAACACCACGACGGUAUUACAGGAACGGCCAAAGACCACGUAGUUAUCGAUUACGGGAAGAGGAUGUUAUCGUCGAUACAAGCUUGCCAGAAAGUCAUCCAGUUGUGUAGCCAGAUAUUGUUAAAGGGACCUUCGGUGGAAAAACCUACGAAUAGCGUGUUUUAUCACGUAGACGACGUCAGGCACUCGCAGAACGUCGUUUCGGAACAUUUCCAAAUCACCAUCGGCGUGCCGGAGGUGCGAAGUAAGAAGGUGGUGAUUUAUAAUUCGUUGACUUUUACUAGGAGGGAGGCGGUCACUUUCCACAUUUCCACCCCGUAUAUAGAGGUGAUCGAUUUCGAAGGGAAGCGCGUUCAUUGUCAAAUAUCUCCGAUAUUCGAGUACAGCUCGUCGAUGUCCCAAUCGAAAUAUCAACUAACAUUUGUUUCUGUUAUACCUGCAUUGAGUCUUCGAGUCUACACCAUAAAUGCACUGUUGGAAUCUGUCGUACCGAGCGAAACAGUAUUUUCAAAAGUGAAAAUCUUGAAUUACUUUGGCCAAGUGCGAGCCCCGGCGGGAUUCAACGUAAACGCGCAGCCGAGUCCUGCUGAAUUUACAUUACAAAAUGCUCGAGUGACGGCGUCUUUUAACAAAUUCGGUUUGCUUAAGGCGCUAAAAAUUGGUAAAACUACGAUUCCCAUUCAUUUGGAGUUCGCUAAAUAUGGUGUUCAAAAAAGGUCUCGUUCCGAAACGAGCGGAGCUUACUUGUUUCUACCUGACGGGGAUGCAGUUAAAAUACCAUUGGAAAAUGUGGUGGUGAAUAUUAUAGAAGGACCAAUUAUGUCGUCUGUGUUAGUACAGUUACCUUACGUUCAACAUACUGCGAUAUUAUUUAACACGACCGGCGCAGACGGUUUAGGAAUCGAGUUCCAAAAUUUAGUGGAUAUUAGUCAAAUGAAGAAUUUCGAACUGAUUAUGAGGUUGUCGUCGAAUAUUAACAGUUCGAAUGAAUUUUUCACCGAUGUUAACGGAUUCCAAAUAAUGAAGAGGAGAAAAUUGAAGAAGCUGCCGUUACAAGCCAAUUACUAUCCCAUACCAACGAUGGCUUACAUCGAAGACCAAGUAACUCGCCUGACAGUGACGACGAGCAGUCCGUUGGGCUGCAGCUCGCUUAAUUCGGGCCAAUUGGAGAUAAUGCUGGACCGUAGACUGAACCAGGAUGAUAAUUUGGGUUUAGGACAAGGGGUUAUGGAUAAUUUACCCACCAAACACGUGUUUAGAUUGAUUUUGGAAAGGAGAAAGGAAGAUUGCCAGCAGACUAAUGGGAGGAACAAUCCCGCGGGAUUCCCCACAUUGGCGGCUCACGUGGCCUCGCAAUCGCUGCUGAAUCCGACGGUGCAGCUCCUGCGAGUCGACGACGACGAGGAGAUAUCGUUGAAUUCGUUCAGUUUAACCCGAGAUUUCGGCGUGGACGUUUCCAUGCCGGUGUUUAGCUCGAAUUUGCGAGCUAAUAAAGACUCUCCUAUCGGAUUAGUGCUUCGCAGGGAGUUUUUGAACACUUGUUACGGCGACAGACGGUUGUUCGAAGAGUUUCCUUUGAGCGAUGGCACUGUUAAUCUUCAUAGUUUAGUAGGCGGAGAUAAAGCGCUACGUAGAUCGUCUCUGUCUUUCGGAUCGGUUAAGAGUGAAGAAGGUGUCGAUAAAAUGUUGAGGUUGUGUCCUAUGGAUGUGCAGGCGUUCGUUUUUUAGAUUUAAUUGGAUUAAACAGUUUCUGUUAAGUACAAAUGGGUAUAAAUCGCGCUGGAUUCGGCAAAUAUCCGCACGUAAUUUGGGUGUUACGCGAGCUGGGGAAUUGGUAUAUGACACUUGACACAUGACAAGACAAUUAUUGGAACGUUACCGAUAAUGUCAUAUUAGUUUUAUAAAUUGAUCUUCGUUAUUUUUUAAUUAAAGAUAACGUUUUAUGCUCUGUAAAUCCCGGUGUACAAAAUGCAAUAUAAUAUUUUACACAACAGUAAUGAAAGCAUACGCGCUUAUAGAGGGUGCUUUAAUACAGCUAUUAAUGUGCAGUUUAUUUACAGUAAUAAAACACCCUGUAUAUUUGAAAUUCUUCAGUAGCUUUGUGUACCAUUUUUAAUUAUCUAUAUUUAUUAAGUCACAGAAUUAUAUUAAAACGGUCGAAAAAAAUGAAUCGGUAUUGUGUAUUGAGAUUUUUUUUAGUGCAAUAUUUUGUAGAUGAGAUUUGUACAUUUUUUUGAAACACGAACAGUAUUUUGAAUAUUGAAAUACUUUAUUUUUACCGAUUUAACUUUUACUUUAUUUUUGUUCUAAAUAAAUUAUUCGUAAAGUUAUGUGGUAUAGAGUAAAUCCUUGGAAAUUUGGCAAGCUUUUUCAGCACUCACUAACAUUUCCACCAAAGCCAAGGCGAAUUCAAUCGCAGUGGCUGGACCUCUGCUUGUUAUAAUAUUACAAUCGACAACAACAUUGCAUUCCUUAUAAUUGUAGUCUUUAAUUAAAUCGUUUUUAACGCUGGGAUAGGAAGUUAUGGCGCUUCCGAACCCAAUCUUAUGCGCUUGUAGAGCUGUAGGAGCUGCACAAAUCGCUGCAAUAAUCUUUUUGCCGCACUCAAAUUCUUUAAGCAAUUUUCCCACUUCGGCAGAUUGUGCAAGUGCUCUGGACCCUUCUAAACCACCAGGCAAGAUUACAGCGUCGAAGUUUAAGCACCUGCAAGCUUCCGAAAUUGAAAUCUCUGGUUGAAUUUUCACUCCUCUGCUACAUUUCACUAGUUCUUUUCCACCGACUCCGGCAACUACCACAUCGACUCCUCCUCUCACUAGAAUAUCUGCAGCAGU